AUGCCCAGCCGUGAGGACAUCACAUAUUUUGGCGCUGGCCCAGCCCUGCUGCCAACAGAUGUCUUGAAUACAGCAGCAGCAGCAUUGGUAGACUACAAUGGGACAGGACUGGGCCUAGCGGAGCAUUCUCAUCGUUCAGAACUGGCAACCGGCAUCGUCAACAAAGCAAAGGCCGACCUUGCGACAUACCUCGACGUGCCCGAUGACUACGAAAUCCUGUUUAUGCAAGCUGGGGGAAGUGGAGAGUUCUCUGCCACAGUUUACAACUUAGUCGGGGUCUGGGUGGAACGGAGGAAGCAAAAGAUAUUGAAGGAGUUAGGCAUCAAGACCGAGAAAGAUAUUCCCGAAGACGAGCUGGUGAAGCAAUUACAAAAAGCUGUGGACGAGGAAUUGAAGAUUGACUAUUUAGUCACUGGAUCCUGGUCACUGAAGGCUAGUCAAGAGGCAACUCGACUGGUCGGUGCAGAACAUGUGAACAUCGUGGCGGAUGCGAGGAAGGUCAAUGAUGGGAAGUUUGGAAAAAUACCAGAGGAAAGUUCAUGGAAGCUCUCCAAGAACCCGGCGAUGGUUUACUAUUGUGACAACGAGACAGUGGAUGGCGUCGAAUUUCCUGGAUUCCCAGAGCUUCUGAAGCCAAACGGAGAAGAGGGAGAGCCGAUUGUGGUUGCAGAUAUGUCCUCAAAUAUCCUCUCGAGACGGAUACUAGUGAAGAACUUCUCCGUCAUUUUCUUUGGUGCACAGAAAAAUCUGGGAAGCACUGGUAUCACAGUGGUCAUCAUCAAAAAGAACCUCCUGCCUCCAGUUGUGGCAACACCAUCCCCGACACUGUUACGAAAACUUGGCUUGCCAAUUGGUCCUAUUGUACUCUCAUAUGAGACAAUUGCCAAGAACAACAGUCUUUACAACACCCUCAGCAUAUUCGAUGUCUUCAUCGCUGGCCAAGUUCUCCAGAAAUCACUCAAAAGCUUCCCCGAUAAAGUCGACGGCCAACAAGCUGUCGCAGAAAAGAAAGCCAAACUUAUCUACGCUGCGCUCGAUGCUCACCCCGAAUCAUAUAAAGUGGUACCCGACAAGAGCGCUCGCUCAAGGAUGAACAUCUGCUUCCGAGUGACACACCUCGCAAACAUCGACGAUGCGGAGAAGUUGUUCUUGAAAGGCGCUGUGGAGAAGGGCCUCACAGGGCUCAAGGGCCACAGAAGCGUUGGGGGCAUCCGAGCCAGCAACUAUAACUCAAUACCCCUCUCGGGCGCAGAGAAGUUGGCUGAGUAUAUUAACGAGUUCACAAAGACCCACAGGUAA